GCGUAUAUAAAAGGCAAAUGAUGAGAAGAUGCAUUUAGUUAGUUUUUAGUCAUUUGUGGGUUUUAGGAUAACUCUGGCGCAGAAUGAAAAUUUCCAUUCUGUUUGUCGCCCUGUGGUCGGCACAGAUUAAAGACAUCAGUGGCGAUGUUGCGGAAGGAGGACAAAGAGUCGCAAGGCAAACCAGUGCUGAUCAAAUGGUCCAAAACAUCCUUCAAUGGCUUCAAGGAGUCUACACACAGAACAGCAGGAAAAUUCGCCAAGGCACUCUUCGUGAAUAUCUUCCUCCGAGCAACACACAAAAACCACGGCCGUUCGAACCCCAGGGAUACCCCCCAUCGGGAAUCACCCCCCAACCCCCAUUCCCCAUUUACACCAAUCCCACCACCGGCUACCCCUCCCCCACCAAUGAGAUAACCCCGCCCCACACCGGCCCGCCGCAACCGCCCUUCACGGGCUACCCCACCACGGGCUUCCCCUCCCAGAGACCCACCUUCCCGACGGGAUACCCCACCCAACGGCCGCAACCCCCGACCGGAUACCCCACCCAACGGCCUGGCUUCCCGACUCAACCCCCGACGGGAUACCCCUCUCAAAGGCCCGCCUUCCCCACUCAAAGGCCCACUUUCCCCACCACUCAACCCCCCACUCCUGCACCGACUUACGGCCCACCUGUCACAACCCCUCAAACUCCUGCCCCCUCCACCGCUACCCCUAUUACCUCCGCCCCCUCCACUCAUUUCACAUCGCCUGCGAUAACAACCGAAGCCACGCCCUCUCCUGACGAGAACAACAUAGUGCCAACUACACGGCCUGGACCGACGGAAAUCCCCCAAACGCCACAACCAGGUGUGCCAACUGACGAAGAUUUGAAACAUCCCCCCCAUAUUCACGCAAUUGAUGUCGAGUGUGCCAAAGACAUGAUGACAAUAACAAUUGAAUUUAAUCGAGAAUUUAAUGGAGUUAUCUACUCCAAAGGGUAUUAUAAUACUCCGGAGUGUCGUUAUGUGAACGAAAAUUCCGAAAUGUCGAAAUACCGAUUCACUGUUAGUUUGAAUUCUUGUGGGACCGAAUUUAUCAAUGCUUUUGACACUCAAGGUCAGUCUUACCUGGAGAACGUCCUCGUGAUCCAGAACGAGCAGGGGAUCCAGGAGGUGUGGGACACGAUCCGGGCUGUGAGGUGUCUCUGGGAGGGCAACCUGAAGGACUCCCUCAGCGUGGCGCUCAGUGUGGGGAUGCUCAGCCAGGAAAUAGUGACUUUCAGUGGCGACACCGCCAUGGCUAAGCUGGACAUUCAGCUAGGGAAGGGCCCCUUCGCGCCCCCCGCCAACGGCUUGGUGAAAAUCGGGGAGCAGAUGACGCUGGUCAUCUCCGUGAGUGGGGACCCUGGAUUCGACAUCCAGGUGAAAGACUGCAGGGCUACGGACUCGACCGGGGAGCGCGUGUACCCCCUCACCGACGAAAACGGCUGUAUUCUCAAACCGAAACUGUUCGGGGCGUUCCAAAAGACGCGCAAUACGGGGAAUACCGGGGCUUCCAUUAUCGCUUAUGCGUUUUUCAACGCUUUCAAGUUCCCAGAUGUGAUGGAUUUGAUGAUUCAGUGCAAUAUAGAGCUCUGUAAAACCGACUGUCAAAUGUGUCCGGAGCCCAACCAGCAAAUUGAGCCCGGGAGGAGGCGCCGCCGACGGGACCUCUCGUACUAUAAUAGCACUGAUGGGGUCACUAUGGGGAAGCACCUGAGAGUCGUUUUGGCGGAGGAUUUGAACGAUGUUGGCAACACUGCGAGUUUCGAAGGGGAAGUUUGUAUGACGACGCAGAAUUUUUUGCUUGUUUCGGCCAUUUUGAUCUCGCUACUCACUGCCAGUAGUGUCCUAAGUGCUUGUCUCUGGUUGAAGAAUCAACGGGGGGCCCACAAAGGGUGACAGUUUUAACACAAUCCUGCCAAUGUAGUUCCGUCCAUUAAGUUAUUGUGACUCCAGUAUUGUAUUUAAGUUUUUUAAUUAUUGUAGGCCCCAUAUUUAUGUAAAUACUGACUAAUAAAGUAAGAGUUUUGUA